AUGAAGUAUUCCGCAUCAGCAUCACUCGCUCUCGCCGUUGGCGCUUCAGCUGCUUCUAUCAGAAGGGACACUUGCUCAUAUACCCUCACUUCAUCGGGAGGUCAAUCCGGUAUCGUUGGUCAGUUGGAUGAUGGCCAACUCCGCAUCCUUGGCAAUCACCCUACUGCAGCCUUCACAAUCAACAACGGUGAAACCACUGAUUCCAAAGGCCGACCAUGUUAUUUAACAUCAGAGGCUAACCAAUACCAAUGCGAUACUGGUAUGAGCGCCACAGGUGGUUUUGCUAUCAGCGCAGAUGGCACAUACACUCAAUCUGGAUCAUCGGUCUUCUAUGCAUGCCCAUCUUCUGACAACGAUUACAACAUUUAUACUGCUCCUGUUGCUGGUCAGGAUAAGUGUGUAAAGAUUGGAUUGACUGCUAGUGGAUGUUUCGCCCCAUCUUCAUCCUCUUCAUCAGCAAAAUUGAGCACAUCCACAUCCCAACAGGUUUCGUCCUCUACCUUAGUUCCAUCAACAAAGGCCUCAUUGUCUGCUACAGUUUCAGAAUCUUCAAAGCCUUCAGUCGUUACUGCUACCACAACUCAACAACAGACAUGUGCUGCUUCAACCGUUACUGUAGCUCAAACCGUUGUUGUCACCCAAACUCCAUCUGCUAAGACCAUUUAUGUCACUUCGACUGCUCCCGGUCAGACUAUUAAAGAGACUCAAACUCAACAGCAGACUGCACCAGCUCAAACUGUCGUGGUUACCCAGACUCAACAAGAAUCAUGUGCUGCUCCUUCUACAAUCACGAUCACCCAAGUUCAAUCCGCUGCUGGCCAGACUGUCCAUGAAACUCAGACUCAACAGGAGACUGCUCCCGCUCAAACUGUUGUGGUUACUCAAACUCAACAACAAACAUGUGCUGCUCCUUCCACAGUCACUCUCACCCAAGUCCAAUCUGCCGCUCCUUCUACAGUUACCGUUACUCAGGUGCAGAGUAUGACUGCUGUUUCCACGAAACAAGUCACCGCCACCGAGUCUGUCAAAGCUUCCAGCGCCCCAGUCAGCACCUCCCAAGUUCAAGCCACUACCAGUGCCGUUUCGACACCAAAGGCUUCGUCUGCUAGCUCAAUUGUCUCUUCGGCCACAUCCAAGUCCUCGUCCACAGCUUCAGCUUCCAACUCUUGCCCUACUAACCUUGACGGCACCUACUCUUCCCCCAACCUAAUCGUUCCCGUAUCAUCUGCAUCCCCAGAUAAAGCAUACGGUACUUCUUACGAUGGUGUUGUCAACAGCACUGUCUCUUCUCUCUUCAACUUCGACAUUCCAGCUUCAUACGCUUCCAAGACUUGCUCCCUCGUUUUCCUCUUCCCUACUCAAGAUAUGCUCGAGACUUCUUCUUAUACCUUUUCCGGUUCCGGAGCCAUUGAUUUCAAGCAAUUGAGCACCACUGUUACCACCAGCUCUACCUAUAACUCUAUCGGAAGCACUGCAACUGAUUUCGGUAGCAAGGCCAUCACACCUGGUUCCUGGACUGUUGUUAAUACUUUCGCUUGUCCAGCUGGACAGUCUAUCAGCUAUGAGAUGACUGCUGGUGGAAGUGACACUGAUUUGUGGUGGUUUGAGGAUUACAACCCAUCCCCAAUCGGUCUUUUCAUCACUACUUGUUGA